CGCCGAGUUCCGCCAGCCCGGCGCAGGGCGAGCGAGGGGCAGGCACCGCAGGCUGGCUCUGGCCCCGCGCCCGGCAGCCCCCGCUCCGGCCGGGCUCCCCCAGGCGCUUCCCGCUCCGGCUGGGGCCGCCGCCGGGGAUGCGCGGCUGAGGGGCCGCCUCGCCUGCCCGCUCCCCCUCGGAACGGCAGCGGCAGCGGGCUACGUUCAUCCCUUUACUGUUGAGAGAAAGCAAGGAAGUCAUAGAAACAAGACUGACUGACUAGAUUACUGAGUGAAAUUUACCUCUGGUGUAAAUACAGCAGUGGAAAUACUUAAUGGGCCAAAUCUAUCCCCAGUGUCUGCCAGCCACUUGACUCUGUGCUGUCAUCUCUCACAACAGAAGUGAGGUCAGGUCUGGAAGCAGAGGAUAAGAGUUUCCUCGGUGCCUAAAUUCCAGUCUCUGGGCUUGGACGCUGCUGGAUCCCUGUAGGCACCCGGAUGCCUAUCUCCUGCCUAAGCCCCAGAGUGAUCCAUGAACCAGGAGAAGAUGGGUGGAGGAACAUCUGUCUUUGCAGUUCAGAUCCAGUGGAUUGAGGAUGGAACUGACAUCUUGCCCUAAACUCCUCUGGAUGAGUGACAACAAGCUCCUGCACCAUCAUUUCCCAGAUGUAUUUGCAACGGUCCAUACCACUCAAGACAUCCCAGAGGAAGCCAGUUUCGGACCGUGUAUGCUGCAGAACACCUUGUUGGACACUGUUGCUUUUAUUGCCCUGAAAUGCUCUGAGAGAAGAAAUAUCCAUUAUGUAUUUAAGGUAGAUGUCACCUCGGUGCAUAGCCCCGCUGGACUGCCCUGGAUGAGGCUUGUUCAAGCAGCUGCCAAUAGCAAGGAACAGAACUUGGAAGCCUACUUAAAAAACAGCCAGUUGUAUUAUCGAUCUACUAGGAAAAUAGGCAAGAACGAGGAGCUCCUUGUGUGGUACGAUGAGGAACUUUCCAGGCUCCUGGGUUUCAGCGCCAUCAAAGCCAGGACUCUCCAAACUGAGCUCAGGUGCCCGGAAUGCGAGCAGGCCUUUAAAGGCGGGCACUCCUAUCUGGCCCAUGUCCGCUUCCUCUGUGUCCCAGAGAAGAACGCCCCACUGUGGAGAAAUCUCCAGGAGCAGAAGGCUUGGAAGGGCCACUUGCCUGAGCAGGCCACAAACUUCCACAGCCUGGCAAGGGAUCUGGAGGUCAAAAUAGCCAUGCGGAGAGAUGACUCCCGUGGGCUGUCAGGGGAGAAGAGAACAAAGUUGGAAGAGGCAGAGAACAGCAGGAGCAGAAAAACUGUGUUGCUGGAGAAGACAAAUAACCUGGGGGAAGCUCAAAGCUAUGGGGGCAAGGAGGAGGCGCUGGGGGAACACACCUUGGCUGGCUCUGUCUGGAAGCUCAGCUCAGGGAAGCUGUCGGCGAAGAAGGAUGCCUUGGAACAGAAACAGAGUGCUUUCACCGAGGUCAGGAGGAUGAAGGACCGGUUGAGGAAUGAGAGAGCGAAGGAGGUGGAGCAAGGGAGUGGCCUGGGCCAGUUUGGUAAAGAGCAGAUGCCCAAAGACAUGGUACUGAACUCCUCAGGUAGCGCAUUCUCCUUCGUAUGGCCCACCCAAGCCCAGGGGGAACAGAAAAGUGCUUUUAGCAAGCCAACCAAGUGUCUGGUGGACAGGCCUGCUGGGAAUUCUUCCCAUCCCAUGAAUGAGCUACCGAAGAGCCUGGGGGAGUUGUCUGGCUUCAUCACCACAGCAGAUGUCAUGUGCUACGGCAACCUUUUGAAUUCCAAGUUCUUUGUUGGUGACUUGUGUAAUUCUCAGGCACUGCAGAUGAGCAUCAGCCGGAGCAACGCUUUCCCAUAUACCUCAGAACCGUGGCCAAAACCAACUGGGGGGCAGCUGCAAACCACCACCACUACCACCUCCUCCUCUUCCUCCUUGACUCUACUGCCGCCCACCUUCACGUCCUUCGGGGUGGCCGCCCAGAAUUGGUGCGCAAAAUGCAGCCUCUCCUUCCGCAUGACGUCCGACUUAGUCUUCCACAUGCGGUCCCAUCACAAAAAGGACUACUCCUCGGCAGAGUCUCAGUGCAAGAGGAGACGGGAGGAGACACUGACGUGUCCAAUCUGCCACGAGUACUUUCGGGAACGGCACCAUCUAUCCCGACACAUGACCUCUCAUAAUUAGAGCUGGGUAGAUUGAUCUGACUACAGGACUGUGUUGUGGGUGCGGGGGUGGGGAGGGAAAACGUUAGUUGGUAUCAUUAUUAUUUUUUCCAGUGUUUAAAUUAAUUUCUUAUAGGAAACAGCUGUUUACAAUAAUUUAUAAUCGAUGCUUCACAAAAAUAUGUUUACAUGAGACCAAGGGGUCGUCAGUUUUGAAAAUGCAGCCAAGCGCUUGUUGGUAUAUUUUUGAGGAAAUAAAAUGAUGAAAUUAA